AUGAUGGUUGCAUGUUUAGAUGUCGCGGAGUCGGCUAAAGAUGCUGAUAUUCUACUAAUUAAUCUUCCACAUCAAUUAGUUACAGACACAUGUUCAAAAAUACAGGACGGUAUACCAUGUUAUAUGUUGGUGAGUGCUGAUAUUGCUGAUAAAGCUGCUACUGGUACAUUUUGUGAUGCCACUAUUGGCUCAGACAAUUAUAAAGAUGGACAAAUGAUUCAAGAGCUUUUUCAAACCGAUAAACUUAAAGUCGAUAUUAAAUUACAUAGACAAGGUGUUGAAAUUUCGGCUUCUCUAGAAGAUAUUGUUGCUCUCGCGGCUGGUAUUUAUGAUGGUCUUAGUGAUAAAACAAAAGCAAUUGUUAUACGAAUAGGACUGAACGAAAUGAUUCAAUUUUGCAAAUACUUUUUCAAUGGCCAUCUAGAAGUAAUUGAAUCUUACUGUAUUGGAGUUCUAUAUACGUCUUGUUACGCUGGACGUAACAAAGAAGUUGGUGAAGCAUUGGUUAAAACAGGAAAAUGUAUAAAAACAUUAGAAGAAGAAAUGUUCAACGGACAAGAAUUACAAGGACCCAUAGCGGCAGCCAGAGUAACCGAAUGGCUGAAAGCCACAGGAGAAUCGAACGAUUUACCGACGUUUGAGCGACCGACACUUGACCAUCCGACAGUUGAACGCCCCCGACAUUUGAGCGACCGACAUUUUGAGUAA